GCAGGGCGGAGCAGAGCGCAGACUGGCCGGGUCCGCUGAGCAACCAGUGGGGAGAUGUUGAAGUUCAAGUAUGGAGCACGGAAUCCACUGGAUGCUGGUGCUGCUGAACCUAUUGCCAGCCGGGCCUCCAGGCUGAAUCUUUUCUUCCAGGGGAAACCACCCGUUAUGACUCAACAGCAGAUGUCUCCUCUUUCCCGAGAAGGGAUAUUAGAUGCCCUCUUUGUUCUCUUUGAAGAAUGCAGUCAGCCUGCUCUGAUGAAGCUUAGGCAUGUGAGCAACUUUGUCCGGAAAUAUUCCGACACCAUAGCUGAGUUACAGGAGCUGCAGCCUUCAGCAAAGGACUUUGAAGUCAGAAGUCUUGUAGGUUGUGGUCAUUUUGCUGAAGUGCAGGUGGUAAGGGAAAGAGCAACUGGGAACAUCUAUGCCAUGAAAGUCAUGAAGAAGAAGGCUUUGUUGGCCCAGGAGCAGGUUUCCUUUUUUGAGGAAGAACGGAACAUACUAUCUCGGAGCACAAGCCCUUGGAUCCCUCAAUUACAGUAUGCCUUUCAGGACAAAAAUAACCUUUAUCUGGUCAUGGAAUAUCAGCCUGGAGGAGACUUGCUGUCACUUUUGAAUAGAUAUGAAGACCAAUUAGAUGAAAAUAUGAUUCAAUUUUACCUAGCUGAACUGAUUUUGGCUGUUCACAGUGUUCAUCAGAUGGGAUAUGUACAUCGAGACAUCAAACCUGAGAACAUUCUCAUUGACCGAAUAGGACACAUCAAGCUGGUGGAUUUUGGAUCAGCUGCUAAAAUGAAUUCAAAUAAGAUGGUAAAUGCCAAACUCCCAGUUGGGACCCCAGAUUACAUGGCUCCUGAAGUGUUGACUGUGAUGAAUGGGGACGGAAAAGGCAUCUACAGCCUGGACUGUGACUGGUGGUCAGUGGGAAUUAUUGCUUAUGAGAUGAUUUAUGGGAGAUCCCCAUUCACAGAGGGAACCUCAGCCCGAACCUUCAAUAACAUCAUGAAUUUUCAGCGGUUUUUGAAGUUUCCAGAUGACCCCAAAGUUAGCAGUGAAUUUCUUGAUCUGAUUCAAAGUUUGUUGUGUGGCCAGAAAGAGAGACUGAAGUUUGAAGGUCUUUGCUGCCACCCUUUCUUCUCUAAAAUCGACUGGAAUAACAUUCGUAACACUCCUCCCCCCUUCGUUCCCACCCUCAAGUCUGAUGAUGACACUUCCAAUUUUGAUGAGCCAGAGAAGAAUUCGUGGGUUUCAACCUCUCCGUGUCAGCUGAGCCCCUCAGGUUUCUCGGGCGAAGAACUGCCGUUUGUGGGGUUUUCGUAUAGCAAGGCGCUGGGGAUUCUUGGUAGAUCUGAGUCUGUUGUGUUGGGUCUGGACUCCCCUGCCAAGACUAGCUCCAUGGAAAAGAAACUUCUUAUCAAAAGCAAAGAGCUGCAAGACUCUCAGGACAAGUGUCACAAGAUGGAGCAGGAAAUGACCCGGUUACAUCGGAGAGUGUCAGAGGUGGAGGCUGUGCUUAGUCAGAAGGAGGUGGAGCUGAAGGCCUCUGAGACUCAGAGAUCCCUCCUGGAGCAGGACCUUGCUACCUACAUCACAGAAUGCAGUAGCUUAAAGCGAAGUCUGGAGCAAGCACGGAUGGAGGUGUCCCAGGAGGAUGACAAAGCACUGCAGCUUCUCCAUGAUAUCAGAGAGCAGAGCCGGAAGCUCCAAGAAAUCAAAGAACAGGAGUAUCAGGCUCAAGUAGAGGAAAUGAGGUUGAUGAUGAAUCAGUUGGAAGAGGACCUUGUCUCAGCAAGAAGACGGAGUGAUCUGUACGAAUCUGAGCUGAGAGAGUCUCGGCUCGCUGCUGAAGAAUUCAAGCGGAAAGCGACAGAAUGUCAGCACAAAUUGUUGAAGGCUAAGGAUCAAGGGAAGCCUGAAGUAGGAGAAUAUUCCAAACUGGAGAAGAUCAAUGCUGAGCAGCAGCUCAAAAUACAGGAGCUCCAGGAGAAGCUGGAAAAGGCUGUAAAAGCCAGCACAGAGGCCACUGAGCUGCUGCAGAAUAUCCGCCAGGCGAAGGAGCGAGCUGAGCGGGAACUGGAGAAGCUUCAGAACCGAGAGGAUUCUUCUGAAGGCAUAAGAAAGAAGUUGGCGGAAGCCGAGGAACGCCGCCACUCUCUGGAGAACAAGGUAAAGAGGCUAGAGACCAUGGAGCGUAGAGAAAACAGACUGAAGGAUGACAUCCAGACAAAAUCCCAACAGAUCCAGCAGAUGGCUGAUAAAAUUCUGGAGCUGGAGGAGAAACACCGGGAGGCCCAAGUCUCAGCCCAGCACCUAGAGGUGCAUCUGAAACAGAAGGAGCAGCACUAUGAGGAAAAAAUUAAAGUGUUGGAUAAUCAGAUAAAGAAAGACCUGGCCGAUAAGGAGACCCUGGAGAACAUGAUGCAGAGACAUGAAGAGGAAGCCCAUGAGAAAGGCAAGAUUCUCAGCGAGCAGAAGGCGAUGAUCAAUGCUAUGGAUUCCAAGAUCAGAUCCCUGGAACAAAGGAUUGUGGAACUGUCUGAAGCCAAUAAGCUUGCAGCAAACAGCAGUCUUUUUACCCAAAGGAACAUGAAGGCCCAGGAAGAGAUGAUUUCUGAACUCAGGCAACAGAAAUUUUACCUGGAGACACAGGCUGGGAAAUUGGAGGCCCAGAACCGAAAGCUGGAAGAGCAGCUGGAGAAAAUUAGCCACCAAGACCACAGUGACAAGAAUCGGCUGCUGGAACUGGAGACAAGGUUGAGGGAGGUCAGUCUAGAGCACGAGGAGCAGAAACUGGAGCUCAAGCGCCAGCUCACAGAACUGCAGCUCUCCCUGCAGGAGCGUGAGUCCCAGCUGACAGCCCUCCAGGCUGCCCGGGCGGCCCUGGAGAGCCAGCUUCGCCAGGCGAAGACGGAGCUGGAAGAGACGACAGCAGAAGCAGAAGAGGAGAUCCAGGCACUCACGGCACAUAGAGAUGAAAUCCAGCGCAAAUUCGAUGCCCUUCGUAACAGCUGUACUGUAAUCACAGACCUGGAGGAGCAGCUAAACCAGCUGACCGAGGACAAUGCUGAACUCAACAACCAAAACUUCUACUUGUCUAAACAACUCGAUGAGGCUUCGGGCGCCAACGAUGAGAUAGUACAGCUGCGAAGUGAAGUGGACCAUCUCCGCCGUGAGAUCACAGAGCGAGAGAUGCAGCUUACCAGCCAGAAGCAAGCACAACUCAGUGCUACUGAUUUGCAGACGAUGGAGGCUCUGAAGACCACUUGCACAAUGUUGGAAGAACAGGUCAUGGACUUGGAGGCCCUCAACGAUGAGCUGCUGGAAAAAGAGCGGCAGUGGGAAGCUUGGAGGAGCGUCCUCGGUGAUGAGAAAUCCCAGUUUGAAUGUCGGGUUCGAGAGUUACAGAGGAUGCUGGACACUGAGAAGCAGAGCAGGGCAAGAGCCGAUCAGCGGAUCACUGAGUCUCGCCAGGUGGUGGAACUGGCAGUGAAGGAGCACAAGGCUGAGAUUCUUGCUCUGCAGCAGGCUCUCAAAGAACAGAAGCUGAAAGCUGAGAGCCUCUCCGACAAGCUCAAUGACCUGGAGAAGAAGCAUGCCAUGCUUGAAAUGAAUGCCCGAAGCUUACAGCAGAAACUGGAGACUGAACGAGAGCUCAAACAAAGGCUUCUGGAAGAGCAAGCCAAAUUACAGCAGCAGAUGGACCUGCAGAAGAAUCACAUUUUCCGUCUGACUCAAGGGCUGCAAGAAGCUCUGGAUCGGGCUGAUCUACUGAAGACAGAGAGAAGUGAUCUGGAGUAUCAGCUAGAAAACAUUCAGGUUCUUUAUUCUCAUGAAAAGGUGAAAAUGGAAGGAACGAUUUCUCAACAAACCAAACUCAUCGAUUUUCUGCAAGCCAAAAUGGACCAACCUGCUAAAAAGAAAAAGACAGCCCAGGGGCAGUCGCUUGGUUUGGGCCUAUUAGUGACCCAGCUAACCAAAAGGUAUUGGAUUGGUCUCUCUGCAGCUGCCCACCGAAAAGCCACGGACCACCCACACCCAUCUACGCCAGCCACUGCGAGGCAGCAGAUUGCCAUGUCUGCCAUCGUGAGGUCGCCUGAGCACCAGCCCAGUGCCAUGAGCCUGCUCGCCCCGCCAUCCAGCCGCAGAAAGGAGUCUUCAACUCCGGAGGAAUUUAGUCGACGUCUUAAGGAGCGCAUGCACCACAAUAUUCCUCACCGAUUUAACGUAGGCCUGAACAUGCGAGCCACAAAGUGCGCCGUCUGUCUGGAUACUGUGCACUUUGGACGCCAGGCAUCCAAAUGUCUUGAAUGUCAGGUGAUGUGUCAUCCCAAGUGCUCCACGUGCUUGCCAGCUACCUGUGGCCUACCUGCCGAAUAUGCCACGCACUUCACUGAGGCCUUCUGCCGUGACAAAAUGAACUCUCCGGGUCUCCAGGCCAAGGAGCCCAGCAGCAGCUUGCACCUGGAAGGGUGGAUGAAGGUGCCCAGGAAUAACAAACGAGGACAGCAAGGCUGGGACAGGAAGUACAUUGUCCUGGAGGGAUCGAAAGUCCUCAUUUACGACAAUGAAGCCAGAGAAGGUAAAUUAAUAAUUCAGGGGGAAUUUCACUGCACGUGGUUAACCCAGGUCUCCCGGUGUUGGCGUGAAGGCUUUGUGCUCUGGACUGCCUUGCAAGCCUUCCACGCUUUUCCAUUUUUGAAAAUGAAAAACCAAAUGACUUCUCUAAAGGUUAUUGGUGCGAUACUCACAUCUAUAGGUCUCCCCCCUGAAGAACCUGCAGGGUGCUGCCCUGAAGAUUCUACCUUGGUUCAAUCUUACUAUGUUUUCUUUUUUCUUUCUUUCGCAUAUGAAAAGAAAUUGCUUGGAAACUCCCUGCUGAAACUGGAAGGUGAUGACCGUCUGGACAUGAACUGCACACUGCCGUUUAGCGACCAGGUGGUGUUAGUGGGCACCGAGGAAGGUCUCUAUGCUCUGAAUGUCUUGAAAAACUCCCUAACCCACGUCCCAGGAAUUGGAGCAGUCUUCCAAAUUUAUAUCAUCAAGGACCUGGAGAAGCUACUCAUGAUAGCAGGGGAAGAGCGGGCGCUGUGCCUCGUGGAUGUGAAGAAAGUGAAGCAGUCCCUAGCGCAGUCUCACCUUCCCGCCCAGCCGGACAUCUCGCCCAACGUUUUUGAAGCUGUCAAGGGCUGCCACUUGUUUGCGGCUGGCAAGAUUGAGAAUGGGCUCUGCAUCUGUGCAGCCAUGCCCAGCAAAGUGGUCAUUCUCCGCUACAAUGAGAACCUCAGCAAGUACUGCAUUCGCAAAGAGAUAGAGACCUCGGAGCCCUGCAGCUGUAUCCAUUUCACCAAUUAUAGUAUCCUCAUUGGAACCAAUAAAUUCUACGAAAUCGACAUGAAGCAGUACACGCUUGAGGAAUUCCUGGAUAAGAAUGAUCAUUCCUUGGCACCUGCUGUGUUUGCCUCCUCUUCCAACAGUUUCCCCGUCUCCAUCGUGCAGGUGAAUGGCGCAGGGCAGCGAGAGGAGUACUUGCUGUGCUUCCACGAAUUUGGGGUGUUUGUGGAUUCUUACGGAAGACGGAGCCGCACAGACGAUCUCAAGUGGAGUCGCUUACCUUUGGCCUUCGCCUACAGAGAACCCUAUCUGUUUGUGACCCACUUCAACUCACUUGAAGUCAUUGAGAUCCAGGCACGCUCCUCGCUAGGGUAAGCAUUGCCC